AUGGGUAAAGUUUUAUCAAAAAUUAUGAAAAAAGUAUCUGCUGAUGGUCCAAAACGUAUUAUCAUGCUUGGACUAGAUAAUGCAGGUAAAACAACAAUACUCUAUCGAAUGAAACGUACCGAGGAUUUUCACACUGUACCAACAAUUGGCUUCAAUGUUGAAACAAUAUCUCCAUGUCGGGGAAUUUCAUUAACAGUUUGGGAUGUGGGUGGUCAAGAUCAUUUAAGAACAUUGUGGCAUCAUUAUUUUGAUAACGUUGAUGGACUUGUAUUCGUUAUUGAUUCGACUGAUAGUCGUCGUAUACAUAUAGCUCGUGCUGAAUUAGAAGGCAUCUAUCAACAUGAUGCCAUGACGCAUGUUCCACUUAUUGUUCUAGCUAAUAAGCAGGAUACCGAUGGUGCUCUAUCAGCUGAAGAUAUAGCUGAAAAACUUAAUUUAUUGGCAUGGCCUGAUGGUUCAUAUUAUAUUAUACCGUGUUGUGCAUUGAGUGGUGACGGUUUAACCGAUGCAUUUGGAACGCUAGCGCAAAUGAUUCGAUCACAAAAGAAAGCACAUCGUUUAAACGUAUUCUGA